AGGACAAGCAGAAGCCUGUCGCGCCGCAUUGCUGCUGUCGCUGCUGCUGUCUUUGCCGCUGGGGCUGAGUCUGCUGGCACAGUGCAUCGGAAUCUUGUCUGCCUCCCUGUCACAGCUCAUGCCCUUCUUCACAAGCCUCAUUUGCCUGAUUAUUGGUAGCACUGAAUUCCUCGCCUUCAUAUUCUUCCGCCUCACGGUGACCCAGCUCAAGUUCCUAUUAAGGGAAUUCUCUAUGUGGCUCAACUGGCCGGUCUACGUGCUCCUGUUCUCUUCAGUGGUCUACAUCGUGGUUGGGUCCUUCAUCUUCCAUCAUCAUCUUCAUCUCUCCACAUCUCUGAUACAGUCCUUGGAGAAGCAGUCACCUUCCCCACAGCCAGUAGUCUCACAGAUCAUUUCUUCAGAUUCCAAAGCUACUAAGCAACCUAAGCCCUUGAAGAUCAAAAAAUCUACAUCCCGAAAAGUUCUUAAGGUCUUCUGGAUCCCAAAGCCCAUGGGAGCUUCAGUACCUCCAAGGCCUUCUGAGAGUACCCUAAAGCCUGCGGACUUUAAAACUUCCUUUUCCCUGGUGUCUGAGAGAUCCUUCAUCUCUGAGCAGCCUUGGGUCUCCCCAAACCCUAAAACCUCCUCAUAUCCCUUGGGCUUUAGAAUUCAAUCAUUCUGUAUUGAUCCCCCAAGGCAAGACCACACCAAUCCUCAGAGUUCUACUUCAAGACCCACAGAUGUCUAAAGUUUUGCUCCCAAGAUCUCAAAGAAACCUACCUCCAUUCCCCUUCCCCAUGGCCAUAAUUCUCCUCUUGGAUAGACUUUUAGGAGCACUUCCCUGGUCCUGAUGCUGGUGGAGGUGUCUAAACUUCCUCCUUUCCCACAGCAAAACUUCCCUUCCCCCAGCAAAGUAAGAUUUGCCUCUUUGUGAGAUUUGUCUCCACCUUCUUGAGGUCCUUGGAGAAAAUGAGGGUGUAGAGAGAAACCUGGAUAUUGAGUGUGGUGAAGCCAGAAACAGAAAGCCAGAGAGCAAGGAAGAUCAACUGAGACAGAAGGAUGAAAAGAGAUCGAUGUGAAUUUCCUAGAUGAAGUUAUCAUUAAAGAAAGCCCGGGUUUCUUCCCCAACUCAGUGUUCCACCAUCAUCUCAAUGACAAACUUGAUUCCAUGAUGAUCCCUGUAAUCCCCAUCUCUAACCCCACUCCCUAUCUGUCCCUCUCCUCCACCAUCCCUCUCUCUACCCCACUAAGAACACUAAUGUCCAUCCCAAUUCCAUCCCUAAACCCACUUAUUUUAGCCCCAAAUCUAAACUCAUCCUCACAUCCUUUCCCCCAUGCCUACCUUCAAUUCCACCACCCUCCCCAAGCCACCUCCAACUCACCCCACCCCCAAAUCCAUACUUAUUCUCUAUCUUUAUCUCCAUUCUUAAUUCCAAGCUUCACUUCAUCCUCCUUCCUCUGCCAUGAACUGGGGUGGGUGAUGAUGUCAGUCUUGGGGGUCUUGGAAGGUUCUAUGACAGUUGGGGCCCCUGAGUGAGUGAGGAAGAUCAGAUAAGCCUGGGGGGAAGCCCAACUGUUGUACCCAGGGGAAAAUCUGAGGGGACUAGGAGAGACUUGAGGGGACCAAGAAUGAACUGAAGAGAUUAGGCCCUGAUGGGAUAAGAAGAGAUCAAGAGCUGAAGAGAUGGGAAAUAACUAUGGAGGACCGUGAGACAUCUGAAGCAAAGCAGAGGGGCAGGCAUAAAUUAAGAGAAACUGGAGCCAAACAUUAGGGACUGGAUAAAGAGAGGAAGCAAAGCAGGACAAGGCCAGACUGAGAGAUAGUCCAGGCUCCCAGAACCACCCUGGGCUAGGCUUUGCCUUCCUUGUACCAAAGCCUCUCAGCCUUCGUGAGAAAAUGAAGAAGCAGGACUGGAAUUCAUUCAACCACACUGAGGGCUUGGUGCCCUUCAAAGUGGCCCUAAACACCCUUUGCUUUAUGCUUCUCCUUCUCACUGUGUCCUUGCCCUACUGGCUGAAGAUUCAAGUGUCUCAUACCCAUCUCCACAUGGGCCUAUGGAAGCCCUGUGGGGAUAAAAUAUGUGAGGAUAUUCUGAAGUCAGGUACAUGGGGAUAGGGAGGAGAAUGGAGGGCAGAAAGUGGGAAUGAGGAUAUGGAAGGAGGUAGUGAAUAUAGAUGGGGAUAGGCAUAAAUAUGGAGAAUAGAGAUAGAGGGUAGAGAGUGAAGAUGGCCGUGUGAAUAAAGGUAGAGGAUAGGGGAAAGGGGGAUCCCCAAGUCUACUGAACCUGAUUUAAGCAACUUGGUGUCCAUUAGUCUAAGAAGGUUUCUUCCUGUGGGAGGGUAUGUGGGUACAGGGGACUUACCCUGGGACGUGUAUGUGUGUGUGUGUGUGAUUAGCCAUUGCUAUCACUGCCUUUCUCCAGUCUCAAUUAAGGUAGUCCAAGUGGUGAUGGGCAUAGCCAUCGUAACAGGCUUCCUGGCUUUUUUGGACAUCUUCCUGAUACUGAUCAAUGUAGUGAAUGAUAGGACAUUCUUCUACCUUUUCUCUGCCUUGUGUAGCUUUGUCACUGGUAAGACACCUAGACUCCGGUGUCCCUACAGGGCUUGGUUGAGAGGUGAUGGGAGGCUGGCCAUUCACUGUUCUGGGGUGAUGACACCAUCUAAUUCUUCCUGCAGCCUUCCUGGGACUUGUUGGCCAGAGCAUCUUCAUGGUCAGCAUACACAUAACUUCUAUCCGUAGAAUCAAUCGCUUUAUCUUCGAAUGGGUCUUCUACCUAGGCUGGGGCACUUGCACAUUGUACCUCCUGAGUGGUGAGGUGGUGAUAGGGGCUGAUAAGGGCUGGGGAUAGGGAUAAUGUUGAAAAGGGAGAACAAGAUAAGGAUGAGAAUGGUGAUGGGCAUGGGAAUGAGGAUGGAAGUGGAAAUGGGCAGGAGAUGGGGAUAGGAUUGGAAAGGGAAAACAGGGUGAGGAUGGAGAUGGACAUGGGAAUGAGGAUGGGGUAGGGGUGGAGGUGGCUUUGGAGAAGGGGAUGGGAAUGGGAACUAAGAGGCCUCCCCUCUCAAAGGCUCUCUCAUACUGGUGAGGAGGUACAAGAAAAGGGAGAAGUCAAGAAGCAACCAUAUGGUCGACUCAAUCCAAGAAGUCAAGUCAACCUCCAGCUGAAGGCAGCCCCUGCCCCUUCUUCCUGGGCUGGACCUUCUUGCAGCUCUGUGUGUGUGUGUGUGUGUGUGUGUGUGUGUGUGUGUGUGUAGCUUCUCAGGUCCUGCCUCUGAGUUUGCCUCUGGGGACCCCUUCCUCCAUUCUAAUAUCUUUGCUUCUAGGACCCCUUCCUCUUUGUUGUCACUCUUCCCAAGAAUUCCCUGGGCUCUACUCUCUGUGUAUAGUGGGGGAAGAAGGAGAGAGAAGUGUCCUGAAGCAGUCUCUAAGCCACCCUGGUUUUCCAGCUAAGAAAUCAUUUGUAUUAACAAAAACAGUCAAUAACCAAGUAAACGGACAAACAAACAGUCUGACCAGCAGCAUUUUUGGGAAAUAAAUGGAACCUUUGGUUGGCAUCCUAGACAUUUCAGGUCCCAAAGCCCAUGAAAUCUUGGGGAUCUCAGGCUCUGAAGCCCCUUGGGGCCCAGGUGUCUAUCCUACAGUGCCUGUGGCCCUAGGAGUACUAGUUCCCAAAUUCUCCCUGGUUCUCCACUGUGUAUCUGUCCCACAUUGCCUUAGGUUUCCCAGUGCCAAACCCUUUUGGGGACCCAAGUGUCUGCCUCAAGCCUCUAUUCACUUCAGGGGUCUAGGCAUCUAGUCACACCAUCCCUUCCCCAGGACAGAACCAAAAGGGGCUUAGUGAGUCAGCUUUACUAAACCUCUGCUGUUACUAGCCACAUCCCCUCCUACCCACAUCCUGGUGAAUGCCACUGGGGGGGUGUUGGGGUGUGUGUCCUUUCAGGCAAUAGGAGGGAGAGGCCUCUCCCCCAAUACCCCAUCCUCACUACCUGGUAGGAUGUCAGCCUUACUUGCCUUUCCCCACACCCAGCCCCCAUCAGCCCCAGGCAGAGGACAGUGACAUUUAGGGUUUGAGGAGAGAAGUAUAAAGAUGAUCUGCGUCAUUGAUCUGGUGUGAAAUCCCCCACCGCUUCCCUUUCCGGGACCCACACUUGGAGCCCCCAACCUUUUACAGUCUUGGCCAGAUGUCAGUCCCCUCCCAGCCCCCUGAAACCCAAGCAUUUGGCCUCCAGUCCUCUGUAACUUCUCAGGCCCCAGCUACUGGCACCUCUAUCACCCAGGAAUUCAGGCUGCCCCCCAAAUUCUUCCUACCUCACCUACAAGAUCCAAGCUCCCUGUUCUUCUCUGGUUUCCACUGCCUAAGGCCCCAGGUGUCCAGCCUUCCUGUUACUGCCCACUUCUGAGAAUAAGGCACCCCCAGUUCCUGAGGACCCGGGUCAAGGAUGCGUCCCUUCCGGGUGCUUGCUCUGUUCUCCGGGAGCCUUGCUCUGGCCCUCCUGCUGGUUGCAUUGAGUACUGAUAACUGGAUUGCCUCUGUAGGCCCUAACCACCAGGCUCAUUCUGGCCUCUGGCAUCCAGAUGGGGAUUCUGUGAAAGAUUUCAUCCAGGCCACCCGAGUCUUCACAAUCCUGGCGGCACUGGCAGGUCUGCUGUCUGUCUCCUGUCUGAUCCUCGUCAUCACUCCGUCUCUCUGUGACUCCAGCUUCGCCUCUUUGACUUUUUGUAUCACAGCCUUUGCUGCAGUUCUCUGUAGCACUGUGGGAAUGGCUGUCUACACUGGAGAGAGAUGGAAGGAGUCUGAUCAUUCUCAGAUUCAGAUCACCUUUGCCUGGUCCUUCUACAUGGGCUGGAUUUCUGUCUUCCUCUUCCUUUUCACUGGAGUCCUGAGCAUUGUGGUGCACCGGGGUGUUCCCCGUCCAAACUAUGAGACCCUCUCAGCUUGAGAAAUCAGCC